AUGAAGUCGUUCACCAAGUUGUUGGUCGCCGGUGGCGGUAUCAUCACGUUCGUGUCCGUGGUCACGGGUCCUCUGUCCGAAUGGAACGCCCGCCGAGAAGGCGCUUUGUACCUUAAGAACCUGGAAGAGAAGGCGUACCAGAAGGCGGCAUAA